AUGAUACUACGUGAUUUUCCGACGGAACCUAUAAAAACCCUGGUGGACUCAGGAGCCACUUCCAAUUUCAUAUCCCCCUCCUUAGUAGAAAAACUCAAAAUACCAAAAACCCAACUCGAAAAUCCACGAGUUGUGAGGAUGCUAGAUGGUACAAUAUCCCAGACUGGUCGCAUAUGGCACCAGGUUCAACUCGCGGUCUCGGCCAAUGGCCAUCCACAUACCAUUCCUUUCCUAGUCUGCCCCAUUGGAAAUACCCUGGCAAUACUUGGCAUGACAUGGCUAACUCAGGAGUCGCCCCUUAUAGACUGGUCCCUCGGCACUGUUACAUUCCCAGACCAAGUACAGAUAGCAUCAGAGGAAGAAGCAGACCCCAACACCCUGGCAGACCUCCCAGAACAAUACCACGAGUUUGCCAAAGUCUUCGGCAAGGAAGAAUUCAAGGUCCUCCCUCCACAUAGGGAGUAUGACAUUGCUAUAGACCUUAUCCCAGACGCCAAGCUAACCCCAGGUCCUAUAUACGGAAUGACAGAUGCAGAAUCCAAGGCCUUGAAACAGCACAUCAAUGAAGAACUGGCCACAGGCAAAAUUCGUCCCAGUACUUCGUCAGCAGGCGCCCCGGUAAUGUUCGUCAAAAAGGCAGAUGGAUCCCUCAGACUGGUAGUCGACUAUAGGAAACUAAAUGACGUCACCCACAAGAACGUUUACCCUCUACCCAGGCAAGAUGAUCUAAUGGCGAAGCUCCGAAAUGCUAAGCUUUUCACCAAAUUGGAUUUACGAUGGGGUUACAAUAACGUACGCAUCAAGGAAGGUGACGAAUGGAAGACGGCCUUCAGAACCAAAUACGGCCUAUUUGAAUAUUUAGUAAUGCCUUUUGGUCUCACCAACGCUCCAGCCGCCUUUCAGCAUUUUAUGAACGACCUAUUUAGGGAUCUCAUUGAUGUAACCGUGGUCAUCUACUUGGACAACAUCCUGAUCUUUUCCGAGAAACCAGAGGAACACCCUGACCAUGUCAGGGAAGUAUUGUCAAGACUCAUGGAAAACCAGCUAUUCUGUAAACUGUCCAAAUGCUACUUUCACGUCACCACAGUGGACUAUUUGGGAAUUGUCAUCUCCCCCGCAGGAUUCUCCAUGGAUCAAAAGAAGAUUGAGGCCGUUACCUCCUGGCCUACGCCCAAAACAGUCAAGCAGGUCCAGGCUUUCCUAGGUUUUGUCAACUAUCUUAGACGCUUUAUCCCCAACUUCAGCUCAGUUGCACGCCCUCUCCACAACCUCACCAAGAAGGAAACCCCUUGGUCAUGGGGCACUUCUGAAGAAGCGGCGUUCCAGGAACUGAAAGCCUUGGUCACAAAAUCCCCGGUCUUAAUCCAUUCCAAUCCCGAGCUGCCCUACUACCUAGAAACCAACGCAUCAGGAGUCGCCAUGGGAGCCAUUCUAAGUCAAAGAGGUACCGAUAACCGAUUGCAUCCCAUUGCCUAUAUGUCCAAGUCGUUCUCAGGGGCAGAAGCAAACUACGAUACCCACGACAAGGAGCUCCUGGCCAUCAUCAAGGCCCUGGAGGAAUGGCGUAUAUUCUUAGAGGCUACGGACAAACCAGUCCAGGUAUUCACAGAUCACCGCAACCUUGAAUACUGGAUGCAGGCACGGACCUUCAAUCGCAGACACGCGCGAUGGCGUAUCUUCCUGAGUGACUUCAAUUUCGAAAUCCACUAUUGCCCAGGAAAGCAGUCGGGUAAACCAGAUGCCUUAUCUAGACGAGCGGAUUACAUUGAUAUGGCCCCAGAACCGGAAGUCAUGUUGCCAGCAGAGGUCUUUGCCAACACGUCAGAAGAAGAACUUGAAAUAGUCACUGAAGUACGCGCCAAACUAAGGGAAGACCCCUCCCUUGAGCCGAUCAUACAGUUCUUGACAGAAGAUGCGGACAAUGCACCUCCGUCUAUUUGGAAAGCCUAUCAAGACUAUGACUGGGAGGAAGAUCUAUUAUGGUACCGCGGAAAAGUGGUUGUCCCAGACUCGGAACCUCUCAAGGAACGGAUAUUGAAGGAAUACCAUGACUCUCCGCUGGCAGGUCACCCAGGACAGCAGAGGACGCUUGAGCUUAUCAGCAGAACGUAUUGGUGGCCUGGAAUGAAAUCCUCAGCCAAGGAAUGGGUCAAAUGUUGCCCAACCUGCCAAGCUAAUCGCCGCGCGCACGCCCCGGUCAUCUCCCUGAAGCCCCUGGAAGUUCCCCCAUUUCCCUUCCAUACAAUAUCCUACGACUUCAUUACGGGGUUCCCCAAGUCCAAUGGUUACAAUGCAAUCCUAGUGGUAAUUGACUCCUUCUCUAAGUUCGGCCACUUCAUCCCAACCACAAAAAAGGUCACAGCCAAGGGACUAGCGGACUUGUUCAUCACCCACGUUUGGAAAUUACAUGGACUACCGGUCAAAACAGUCUCAGACCGUGGAACAACGUUCACAGGGAAAUUCCUAAGGGCACUGUACCAACGCCUCAGAAUCAACCCGGCCUUUUCCUCAGCCUACCACCCGGAGUCGGACGGACAAACGGAAAGAGUGAACCAGUUCAUUGAGUUCUAUCUCAGAUCCUACGUUGCAGCAGACCAUUCAGAUUGGGCUAUCUGGCUACCGUUAGCGGAAUAUGCGUACAACAACGCUAGACACUCGGCUACUGGGAAAACCCCCUUCGAACUAGUCUAUGGGCAAAAUCCCGUCAUGAAUCCAUCAAACGUCCAGGCAAACGUUCCAGAAGCAGACCUUGUGGCAGACACCCUAGCACGUGAAUGGAAGGAAGCCGAAGCAGCUCUCAGAAUGAGCAAGGAACAAAUGACAAGGGAUAAGGGAACAACUCCUGAAUACUCAAUCGGAGAAAAAGUCUGGUUAGAUGGAAAAAACGUAGAAUUGAGGACAAAUUCCAACAAACUGGACCCUAAGCGUUUAGGCCCCUUUGAGGUAGUGGAGAAAGUAUCCAGCCACGCGUACCGCCUCAACCUGCCGGAAACCCUCAAAAUCCACGACGUAUUCUACGUGGGAUUAUUAUCCAAGGCAUACAUAUCCCCAAGUCAACCAUUUCCAGAAAGACCCCCUCCUGAAACAAUAGAAGGGGAAGAGGAAUAUGAGGUGGAACAAAUCAUUGACUCCAAAAGACAACGAGGAAAAUGGUUUUACCUAAUCAAGUGGAAGGGGUAUGGUCCGGAAGACAAUUCCUGGGAACCGGAAGAACUCCUGGAACACAGCCAAGAGGAGAUCCAACGAUUCAACAAGUUGCGUCUGAAAAAGGCUCGUGACUCCGCCAAGAGCCUUUAA